AUGAGGCCGAUAUUUGCUGGGAACUUGGAGUAUGAUACUCGUCAAUCAGAGCUUGAACGAUUGUUCUCAAAGUAUGGAAGGAUUGACCGUGUCGACAUGAAAUCUGGUUUUGCUUUUGUCUAUUAUGAGGAUGAGCGAGAUGCAGAAGAAGCAAUUCGUGCACUUGACAAUGUUCCAUUUGGUCAUGAAAAACGAAGGCUAUCUGUGGAGUGGGCUAGGGGUGAACGGGGACGUCAUCGGGACGGAUCAAAGGCAAACCAGAGGCCAACGAAAACUCUGUUUGUGAUUAACUUUGAUCCAAUUCGAACUAGAGUUCGUGAUAUAGAAAAACACUUUGAACCUUAUGGAAAUGUUCUUCAUGUUCGAAUUCGGCGGAACUUUGCAUUUGUGCAGUUUGAGACACAAGAAGAUGCUACUAAAGCUUUGGAGUGUACAAAUAUGAGUAAGAUCCUGGACAGGGUGGUGUCUGUAGAAUAUGCUUUGAGGGAUGAUGGUGAGAGGGGUGACAAUUAUGACAGUCCUAGACGAGGAGGUUAUGAUAGAUCACCCAGUCCAGUUUAUCACAGGCGACCAAGUCCUGACUAUGGUCGUCCACGCAGUCCUGUCUAUGAUAGGUAUAAUGGUGGUGGACCUGACAGGCGGAGGAGUCCUGAUUAUGGCAGGCACCGAAGUCCUGAUUAUGGCAGGCGCAGGAGUCCUGAUUAUGGCAGGCGCAGGAGUCCUGAUUAUGUGAAGCCGAGGAGCCCUGAUUAUGUGAAGCCGAGGAGCCCUGAUUAUGUAAAGCCGAGGAGCCCUGAUUAUGUGAAGCCGAAGAGUCCUGAUUAUGGGAAGCCGAGGAGUCCUGAAUUUGGUAGAUAUCGCAGCCGUUCACCUGUGCGAAGGUCUAGAACAUAA